AGUACACUCCCUCUCAGCCCUGCACUGACACACACACACAGUGGCCUCUCUCCGCUCUGUGCUCACACACUGCGCACACUCAGACACUCAGACACAAGGACGCUGAGAGACUCCGCGCUGCUCUCCUGCAGGAACAGGACUCUCGCAGAGAGAAAGACUCCAGACCCAGGGAGACGAUGGCAGGCUCCGAGGGCAGCGGGGAGCGGAGGCUGGUGCUCCUGGGAAUGACCGGCCAGGGCCGCAGCAGCUCGGGAAACACCAUCCUGGGCAGGAAGGCCUUCCGGAGCGAGGCCAGCCCCAGGUCGGUGACCAAGCGCAGCGCGCUGGAGCGCGGGGAGGUGGACGGGCGGCCCGUGCUGGUGGUGGACACGCCGGGCUUCUUCGACACCGACCUGUCGGAGCUGGAGGUCAAGCAGGAGGUCCUGCGCUGCGUGGCGCUGAGCGCCCCGGGGCCCCACGCCUUCCUGCUGGUGAUCCGGGUGGGCCGCAGGAAGCGGACGGAGAGGAGGGUGGUGGACACCGUCCUGCAGCUGUUCGGCGAGCAGGCCCUGCGCCACACCGUGGUGCUGCUGACCCGCGGCGAGGAGCUGGCCGGCAAGCCGCCGGCCCAGUUCGUGCAGGAGGACCCCCACCUGGCCGAGCUGGUGGGCCGCUGCGGGGGCGGCUGCCACCUCUUCCGCAACAAGGAGCCGGGCGACCGCGCCCAGGUGAGCGAGCUGCUGGACAAGGUGGACGCCAUGGUGGCGCGCGGCGGCGGCGGCUGCUUCACCAACGACAUGUACCAGGGCACAGAGGCGGCCCUGCGGCAGGAGCAGGAGGCCGUCCUGCGGGAGCAGGGCCAGGGCCCGGGCCAGGACCCGGACGCGGCCCGCAAGGAGGCGGUGGAGAGGCUCAUGAGGAAGCGGGUCAACGUGCUGAUCGGCGUGUCGCUGGGGGUCCUGCUGGGGGCGCUGCUCGGGGUGGUGUUCCUGCUCCCCGCCGCCGCCGCCGGGCCCUCCCCCGUCCUGAUCGCGGGCUGCGCGGUGGGCGCCUUCUCCAUGGCCGUGAAGGGGGGCCGCGCGGCCAAGUCGGCGGAGGGGUCCAGGGAGGCGGCCAAGCUGGCGGUCAAGGCCCUGUUCUCGGACGUGAUGGACAAGUUACAGGCCUUCAAGCCAGACGAGAGCUGAGAACUGAGCAAACUCACUGCUGCUGACUGAUCCCACGGUCCCGCCAAAGAGACAAGGCCGCCU